AUGGCAAAUAUUAAUAACGUGUUGGAAUCUGUGCGGGAAGACGAUUUCGUUGAGUAUUUUCUAUUUCCACCCGUGAGCACAGAGGACGAAAAUGAACAAGAACUAAUUCUCUCUACACUUUUGGAUAAAGCUAACAAAAUAAUUACAAAAUACACAAAGGACUACUUGUGGCAUAAAGAUGAAUUCAAGUUGUUGCUGAGGACUUCAACUACUAAUUCUCUACAUUUUAUUGAAGGAAACAAAGAAGAUUUGCCCCCACAUCUAUAUGGUGUUUCCCAUUAUGGAGACAACAUUGAAGAUGAAUGGUUCAUGGUGUUCAUACUACAACAACUUACCAAAGAAAUUGCUGGGGUCAUUGCUAGAGUAGCUGAUUCUGAUGGAGAAUUUUUACUGAUUGAGGCUGCUGACUUUUUGCCAAGCUGGGCAAAUCCAGAAACUUGUGAAAAUAGGGUAUAUCUGUACGACGGCAACAUCCACCUAAUCCCCAACACUGCCGGCGCGGCUGAAGAAGCCAUCACCGUUUCAGACGCGCUGUCCGUCAUCAGGAAGGACCCCGGUCGAACGAUGGCGUCAGCCGACAUCCAGAGCUGCGUCGGGCGGAAGGUAUAA